AUGGCCUGUGACACUCCAAAGCAAGCCUGGGAGAGGCUCAAGGAAGAGUUUCUGAGGUCAGACAAAACUAGGCAGCAGCAGUUGAUCAACCUCAGGAAGGACUUUGAGAAUUUAAAGAUGAGAGUGUCUGAAACCAUUAAGCAGUACUCUGAUAGAAUAAUGGCCACAGUCAACAACAUUAGGCUCCUUAGAGAUGAUUUCAGUAAGAGUAGAAUUAUUGAGAAGGUCAUUACAAUCCUUCCUGAAAAAUUUGAGUCAAAAAUCUCCUCAUUGGAGGACUCAAGAGACUUAUCAACCAUUUCACUGUCAGAGUUGAUAAAUGCUCUGUAUGCACUAGAGAAAAAAAGGGCCAAUAGGCUGGAAGAGCAUCCAGAAGGAGCUUUCCAAGCAAAAACCAAAGAAAGCUUAGAUUCGAGCUACAAAGGAAAGAAACCAUGGCUUAACAAAAGGGAGAAAUCAAAUAGGGAUGUUGGGAAGAAAAGAAGGGACUGGUUAGUAGACAGUGGCUACACUCAUCAUAUGGCAUCUGAUGAAGGGUUAUUCAAAGAUCUUGAUAGCAGCUUUGUUUCCAAAGUUAAGAUUGGAAAUGGAAAUCUCAUUGAAGCCAGAGGUAGAGGCAAUGUUGUAAUUAGCACACAUUUAGGUAACAAAACAAUUUCAGAUGUCUUUUUUGUACCUGAUAUAAACCAAAAUCUUCUUAGUGUUGGCCAGUUAAUAAUGAAGGGUUAUUCACUUAUUUUCAAGAAUAACUCCUGUAUUAUUGAGGACUCACUUGGUCAAGAACUAGUCAGUAGCCAUGACUGA